UUUAUAGCCCCCAGGGAAGUUUUUUGCUCCGAGGGAGCCCUACAGUCUGUGGCGGGCGAACCCAAGGCCCCAGCGGAGGCCUCCGCCCCGCCGGCUCGCCAUGCCACGGGGCCCGGAGACCCCGGUGCAGGUAUGGGUGGGCGGCCAGCUCUUCCAAGCCGACCGCGCCCUGCUCGUGGAGCACUGCGGCUUCUUCCGCGGCCUCUUCCGCUCCGGCAUGCGGGAGGCGCGCGCGGCAGAGGUGCGCCUGGGCGUUCUCAGCGCGGGCGGUUUCCGCGUCACGCUGCAGGUGCUGCGCGGCGAGCGGCCGGCGCUGGCGGCGGAGGACGAGCUGCUGCAGGCUGUGGAGUGCGCCGCCUUCCUGCAGGCGCCGGCGCUGGCGCGCUUUCUGGAGCACAACCUCACGUCGGAAAACUGCGCAUUGCUGUGCGACGCGGCUGCCGCCUUCGGCCUGCGCGACGUGUUCCACAGUGCCGCGCUCUUCAUCCGCGACGGCGAGUGCGAGCUGGCAGCUGAGCUGGCGCUGCCCGAGGCUCGCUCCUACGUGGCGGCCCUGCGGCCCAGUAGCUACGUGGCCGUGAGCACGCACACGCCCGCGCCCGGUUUCCUGGAGGAUGCGUCGCGCACGCUGUGCUACCUGGACGAGGAAGAGGACGCGUGGCGCACGUUGGCCGCGCUGCCCCUGGAGGCCAGCACGUUGCUGGCCGGGGUGGCCACGCUGGACAACAAGCUUUACAUAGUGGGCGGCGUGCGCGGCGCCAGCAAGGAGGUGGUAGAGCUGGGCUUCUGCUACGACCCCGACGGCGGCACGUGGCGCGAGUUCCCCAGCCCGCACCAGCCGCGCUAUGACACAGCGCUGGCCGGCUUCGACGGCCGCCUCUACGCCAUCGGCGGCGAGCUCCAGAGGACGCCCGUCAGCUCCGUGGAGCGCUACGACCCGGCCGCGGGCUGUUGGAGCUUUGUGGCCGACCUGCCGCAGCCGGCCGCCGGCGUGCCCUGCGCCCAGGCGUGUGGCCGCCUCUUCGUGUGCCUGUGGCGGCCGGCCGACACCACCGCCGUGGUGGAGUACGCGGCGCGGACCGACGCGUGGCUGCCGGUGGCCGACCUGCGGCGUCCGCAGAGCUAUGGCCACUGCAUGGUGGCCCACCGCGACAGCCUCUACGUGGUGCGCAACGGACCUUCCGACGACUUCCUGCACUGCGCCAUCGACUGUCUCAACCUGGCCACGGGCCAGUGGACGGCGCUGCCCGGCCAGUUCGUCAACAGCAAGGGAGCGCUCUUCACGGCCGUGGUGCGCGGCGACACCGUGUAUACGGUCAACCGUAUGUUCACGCUGCUCUACGCCAUUGAGGGCGGCACCUGGCGGCUGCUCAGGGAGAAAGCCGGCUUCCCACGGCCCGGCUCAUUGCAGACCUUUCUCCUAAGGCUGCCUGCUGGCGCCCCUGGGCCUGUGGCUUCGACAACGCCAGAACUGUGACCUCUGGCCGGCUUUAGGAGGGAGGAGACGCCGCGACUCCUCCCUGAGUUAUGGUUGAGUGUGUGAAGCCGGCCUUAGAAGUAGCUGGUAACUUCCCUCCUUCUACUGAGACACCCAGGUCUGGUGCCUUCUGGUGGUGUGGACAUGUUCAAGCAGCUCAGGGAGCAGCGAUGAUGCCAUCAAAUCACUUGGGCUCUGCUGAGAGCUGGUGGGUCACAGUGUCAGUGAAAAGGGUAGGGGGAGUUGGGAUUUGAA